GUUUUAAGUGAGUUAGCUGGGGUAGCCUUCUUGAAUUAGUUUGACUUGAUAUGUUAAUUAUUUAUAGAUCUAUACCCRGUAAUCCUUUAAUGCAAAUGCAGGAGAAGUUUUGCCAUGAGGUAGAAACACAGAGACAAAGCAGACAAAACAUUAUUGUCCUCCUUUCAGUGGCUGGUGACAAAAAGAGUAAUAUCACUUUAAAGAGAUCAAGUAAAUCAAAGCCACCACCAUCGAAUCACAAGCUUGCUAAAUGCCAGACAGUCCCUUAAUCCACCAGCGCAUAAUCCCAACUGAUCAGAGGUUGAGAUUACCAUCAGGAUGGGAGGGGCCGAGCUGCAGACAGAACGAUGAGAGAGGCUGAGCUCAGACAUGACAGAGGAAAAGCAUCACAGGCAGAGAUUGGUGCCCACAAAUAGCCGGCCAAUCACGGCACAGGAAGAUAGCGAGGCUGAGGGAGAGCUGCCGAACGAGGGAAGAGCUAUGAAAAAGCGAGGGAGAAGGUGAAAUCACAGCAGCGCAGACAAGAGACCAAACAAAGACGAGAGGAAGGAAGGAUGAGUGGAGGAGAGAACGCUGAUCUGUGAGGUCUCCAGAGAGGAAGAGGAAGGAGAUGAGCAGGGGGAGGAAGGUGGGGCGGGGGUAAGCAGAGGCAGCAGAACAGAAAACAUCCAUCAGCUGAGGCAGCCAUGCUCUGAGCCCUGGAGCAGCAGGGCUACGCAGACACAGAGCAGGCCUGGAGUCAGGCCCAAACCCCGGCCCUCYGUCCCAGAAACGCCUGCAGGGACAGAAGAAGUUUCCCCUUUCAUCGGCGCCACAUCAGGACCAUGAGGACGUCCAGGAAGGGCAGCGUGGAGAUGCYCGCCUUCAUGCGGCAGCUGGUCAAAGAAACGGAGAAGAGGGUCAGCUCCUUCUUCAAAGUGGGUCGCGGAGGAACAKCGGAGGGGGAGCAGCCGGGGGACGGGGAGAAGGAGGAGGUCAUCCCCAGCCCAUACCUGGACCGUCCCGUGCUGGACAAGCUCACAGAAGAGGGCUGCGCACGCUGGGGCCUCACGUACGCCCUGGGAAGCAUGCAAGGCUGGAGGGCCAACAUGGAGGACUUCCACAACUGUGUUCCACAGCUGGGAGGAGAGCUCGGCGAGUGGAGUUUCUUCGCUGUGUUCGACGGUCAUGCGGGCAGCACGGUGGCCCAGUACUGCUCCCAGCAUCUUCUGGGACACAUACUGGCCACAGGUGGAACUGGACCAGAGGACAACCCUGAAAAAGUGAAGGCAGCCAUCAUGGAGGGCUUCUUACAGACGGACAAACACCUGCACUCUGUGGCCCGCAGGGAAGGCUGGGAGAGAGGGGGCACCACAGUGGUGGCCACCCUCAUCUCGCCGUAUUACAUCUACUUUGCCAACUGCGGCGACUCCCGGGCCAUGCUGUGCCGCUCUGGACAGGUGUGCUUCUCCACUGAGGACCACAAACCCUACAGUCCCCUGGAGAAGGAGCGCAUAGAAAGCGCAGGMGGCUCCGUGUCCCUCCAGAGGAUCAACGGUUCCCUGGCGGUAUCCCGAGCCCUGGGGGACUUCAGCUACAAGGGRGCUGAGAACCGGACACCCAGCCAGCAGAUGGUGUCCCCGGAACCUGAAGUGUGCGUGGUGGAGCGCUCGCCACUGGACGAGUUCCUGGUGCUGGCCUGCGAUGGGGUGUGGGACACCAUCAGUAAUGAGGACCUGUGUGCGUUCGUCCACAACAGACUGCAAGUCUGCACCGACCUGAGAGACGUCUGCGCUCAAGUCAUCGAUCUCUGUCUGUACAAGGGCAGCUUGGACAACAUCAGCAUCAUCCUGCUCUGCUUCCCUGGAGCCCCCCAGCUGUCAGCAGAGGCGUUACAUCAGGAGGCUGAGCUGGAGGACCUGUUGGAGUCCAAAGUGGCAGAGAUUUAUGCUGAGCUAUCUGCCAACGGAGAGGAGCCUGACCUGCUGUCUGUCCUCACAGUUCUGGCGUCCGCUGUCAUCCCUGGAUUACCUCCAGGUGGAGGCAUACAGAGCAAGAGGAACUGUAUCAUCUCUGCUUACUAUCAACAAAGAGAGACACACAAUCCUGCCGUACCAAAUGCCCUGGGAAGCUCAUGAGAUGCUAAAGAGAAUGCAGUCAUUUUUAAUUCAGAGGGACUGUAAUUAUUGUGAAUAUUAAAUGUGUUUUCCUCUUGUGUGUGAUCUAAAGAAAAGGGAACUCUUGAAGAGACAGUGGUGUUUGUUUACAUCAUUGUGAUGAGAAAUGCAAUGAAAAAAAUAGGUCAAACAACACCUGAUACUUUAUAUUUAUAUAAGAAGGAUAUUUUGUUAAACCUCCUCAGAGACUGAGCAACAAUAUUUGUGUAUUGUUUAGUGUAAAGACAGUACUGCUAAUACAUUCAAAUAGCAAACUGUAAAACACAAACAACUAUGAAUAAUAUUUUUCAUUGGAUAAAACCAAGAAUGUUAUUUUAUGUUAUUGUAGUUUAUAGACACUGUUUUUAAAAACAGACAUAUAAUAAUGUAAAAAUGUAAAUUUUGAGUUUUUAUUCGGACAAAAUAAAAUGAGACAAAACUUUGUCAAAUCCAGCCAACAGUUA